GGGAAGGCCACACAUUUGUGCAGUCUCCACAGAUGGGACAGCCUGGUAGAAGUACAAUGUACAGGAGCUGCUCGCUGCUGAAGCCAAAAAUGAAGAUAAGAGGGAGAAAGAGGGAGAAAGAGGGAGAAAGAGGCAAGAGGUAGUAGGGUUUCUCCGGCUUCGCAUGUGGUCGCCGGGUGACGCUUAGCUCCGGCAGCAUCUCGCUUCAAGGCGGCGAUACUACUCGAGGCCCAAUGCCGAAGAUUUUCGGCUUCUCUCGCCGUCGAACGAAGCUCGGGAGGCUAAAAGUGGUGGAUCCUUCUCAGGGGACCCUGAGCCCCGUCUGCCCCACGAAAAGCUCUUCGCAGAUCAAUGAAGACGCUGUGGUUGGAGCGUCAGCUAGUGGCCGGUCGGAGGAGCAUUACUGCGACUGCUCUAUGGCUGGAUUGGGCAUCAGUAAGUGUGGCUUGGAAUGUUCUGAGAACUGGACGGUGUUGCCAACAACAGGGGACAAACCAGCUCCUAGAUUUCAACAUGCAGCGGCGGUCGUUGGGAGUAAAAUGGUGGUGGUUGGUGGGGAUUCUGGCAAUGGGAUGUUGGAUGAUACGAUGAUACUUAGUUUGGACAAACUUUCCUGGGGUUCUGCUUCCAAGAUCUACCGUUCGCCUAAUGGGUCGAAAAUUCCUGCAUGUAAAGAUCAUUGUUUGGUCUCUUGGGGAAAGUUAGUACUUCUGGUUGGAGGCAAAACUGACCCUAAAAGUGAUGGAAUAGUUGUAUGGUCCUUUGAUCUAGAUGCCGAAUGCUGGUCUCAUGUGGAAGUGAAGGGUGAUGUUCCGGCUGCUCGUAGUGGUCAUACAGUCAUCAGAGCAGGCUCAAUCCUGAUUCUUUUUGGGGGACAAGAUAUUAAAGGAAGAAAACUUAAUGAUCUACACAUGUUUGAUUUGAAAUCUUCAACAUGGCUUCCAUUGCAUUACACAGGAACUAGGCCAUCUCCAAGAUCAAACCAUGUUGCUGCUCUCUAUGAUGAUAGAUUUCUUUUUGUGUUUGGAGGGCAAUCAAAGUCAAGGAUUCUGAAUGAUCUCUAUUCUCUUGACUUUGAAACAAUGGUAUGGUCAAAAAUAAAGAUCAAGGGUUACCAUCCAUCUCCUAGGGCUGGUUGCGGUGGCAUCCUUUGUGGAAAUAGAUGGUAUAUUGUAGGUGGUGGAAGCAAGAAAAAACGGUAUGCUGAAACCUUAGUCUUUGACGUUUCAAAACUCGAGUGGUCUGUUUCUGUUACAUCGUCUAAUGACUCAAUAGCUAUUAGUAAAGGAUUUAGUUUGGUCUCUGUGCAUUACAACGACAAGCUAUUUCUAGUUGCUUUUGGAGGAAACAGAAAAGAGCCCUCAAAUCAGGCUGAAGUAUUGGUAACGGUAAAAAAUGAACAUUCUAUGAGCUGGAGAUCCGCACCUGGCUUAGAUGUUUUACCCUACGAGGACAGCCUUGGGGAUCCCAAAGAUCUUGCUGCUCGCGUCAGCUAUGGUCGAACAAGUUUGGUUGGGAGAUUUGGCGUCGCUUCGGCAGUGGAGCAUCAUGCUUCGGGUAGGAAAUCACUGUCUGAUUCGUCUAUUGAUCCAAAUGCUAGUUCUGGCACUAUUUCGCUUCGCAGGCAAUUUCAUAAUGAAGAAGAGUACAAUGCAAACCACAAGGUGCGUAAAACUACUGAAGAGGAGAAGCAGAAGAUGGGCAGCAGUGGCUCGGAACGGUAUAAUCUAAGCACACAGGUGAUCGACUUUGCGCACAAGCCACAAGAAACUACAGUCAAGGUUGAUAUAGCAGGGAUCCUAAGUUCCUCCGAAGAGAAUGCGGUCACAUUCAAUAUCGAUAAUUCCCAUUCUCGUCACAAGCCGCCGGACUCUUUCCACUCAUCAAGUAGCGACCCCAUUGCGCCGAUCGAAGCUCUCUCAAACUCCACAAACAUCUACCAACCCUACGAAACAAAGAUCGCGAACCUGGCUAAGUCAAACAGCCUGCUCAAAGCACAACUUUCUGCUGCAUUGACAAACCAAGAUGCCAUCGAGAAGAACCUGUCCUCGGUCACAAAAUCGAAGCAGGAGAUGGAGAAAAAGCUCAACGAUGCGAUGAAGGAAGUCGAAAUGUUGAAAGAGAAAUUGGCGAAUUUGGAACUAGUUCAAGAAGAGGCAAAUAGUGUCUCCAAUAUGGUUCAUUCUGAUAAUGUGAGGCUUGAGCAUGAUGUUGCUUUUCUCAAAGCAGUUUUAGAUGACACCCAAAAGGAGCUACAUUCUACUCGGGGCGUACUUGCUGGAGAAAGAGCAAGAGCCUUUCAGCUUCAGGUGGAAGUCUUUCACCUGAAGCAAAGAUUGCAUUCUUUUGAGAACAGGGCGCCUACGCCUAGAAAACCUUUCCACUUGUAGUAGUAGAUAUUGCAGAGCAGCUAUGAUUUCUUUCUGGGUUCUGCUUUGUUCCUUUCUGACUAAUUAUUUUGUAUAUAGUUUGCACCGAUACAACAAGUCUUGUAAUUUUAAUUUUAAAUCAGUGAGACGUGUAUGAUUUCAUCUACACUCUUGUUUUGUAGGCAGCCUUAUUUUUUCAAUUUGUGGAAGAUUUAUGCAGAAAUGUCUUUUGGGGCACAAGUAAAGUUGCGUGCGCAAGACAUAAGUAAAGCUGCAUGAGUCUGUGACCUACAAAUAGGUUAAGGGGUGCAUUUGCAUGCCAACUGAUUCCUAUGUAUUUACAUAU